CGCGCUUCAGCGCAAAUGCGUCGAUUCUGGAAAUCAGUCUCUCUCCGCUCCACACCCACACACUACGAGAUUCAACUAGAUCAAUCCCGCUCACUUCGCACUCCCUCCGGCUCACUCCUCGCUGUGCCCCUACAUCACCCCUUGUUGGCUCGGCUAAUUGUGCAUGAAUGGGACUCUCAGCAGAGGUUGAUCAAGAGUCAUGCGUUGCCACUGACAAGUCUUGUGGCAAGGGCGAUUGAUGGAUUUGCUGAGGAGGGGGAGAGGAAGAUGGCGGUGGAGGAGAUGCUCAAGUAUGCGCAGACGGAUACGAUCUGCUUCCACGAAUCGUCACCGAAGGCUCUAGUGCGUCUACAGGCAGAGCACUGGGAUCCACUUUUAGACUGGGUCUCCUCUCGCUUCGGACAUCGUCCCAGCACUGCUCAGGAUACGCUAGUCAUCAACCAACCUCCCGAGCUGAUCACUUCCCUGCGUUCUCACCUGCAAGGACUAGAUGCGCUUCACCUCGCCUGUCUGGAGAAAUCGCUGCAUCUGACCAAGAGUCUCUACCUCUCUCUUGCGCUGCUAGAGGGUAGAUUGGGAGUGGAAGAGGCAAUGAAGGCCGCUUGGGUUGAGACGAAUGCACAGGUGGAGACGUGGGGGGAAGUGGAGGACUCUCAUGAUGUGGGAUGGGCUGAGCUGGGUAGGGAGCUGGGCGCUGUAAGGCUCGCAGUGGUAAGCAGUCCUGCAGGAGCAGCGGCGAUGUAAAAAGGCGGGAGCAGCCGUGAUCGCUCUCAGUCAAUUGUACAGACUUGACGCUUCUCAGUAGUAAAGAUGCAUGAAUAGUGUG